AAGUAUUUUUAAAUUUUAAAUGCUUUUGUAAAUUUUAAAGGUUCUAACUGCCUUGCCAUUCUUCGCAACUGCCUGUUAUCAACGUCCCGUCGGAGAGCAAUGGGGGAUAUCCAUGAACCAGUCGUCCGUAAGUCGCUGUAUACAUCGCGUAACGGAUGCAAUAAACCGCACCAUGUUUUUGAAAAAGGUUAGGUUUCCAAUGACCCAAAUAGAGCGGCAAGCUGCAAAAGAAAUUUUCGCCUCAGCAUCCUCCCCAUUUGUAGGAGGUACUAUUGGGGCUAUCGAUUGCACUCACGUGUCAAUCAUGAGCCCAAAAAAUCAUGAAGCGUAUGUCAACCAAUGUGCAAAUGAUAUGUGAUCCAAAUCUAAAGAUUUUGGCUGUCAAUGCUAAAUACCCAGGGGCGCGACACGAUUCAUUUAUUUGGAGCUCCUCUGCAGUCCGGAGAGUUAUGCAGCGAAAUUUUGAAAAUGGAAACCAUAACAUGUUUUUAAUUGGUGACUCAGGAUAUCCUUUGGAGCCGUGGUUGAUGACUCCUCUACCGAACCAACCAGAAGGGAGUCCUAAAUUCCGCUACAAUUAGGCAUUGCGCAAAGCUCUAAACCCAGUAGAGAGACUUUUUGGCGUUCUCAAAGGAACUUUGGGAUGCUUAUCUCAGCAAAGGACUCUUUUGUAUGAUCCUGGAUUUACUGGAAAAGUAGUAAAUGCAUGCACAGUGUUGCAUAACUUGCGAUUGGGUGACUAAACAUACUAUCCCGAGACUGAGUUCCUACAGCCAAGGACAAAUAUCAGUAAUGUAAAUCAAGACGCGCCGUCUUCAACGGCCAAACGCGGCCAAAACCGGCUAAUUGAAAAUUAUUUUACAUGAAAAAAAACGUUGAUAAAUA